AUGCCGCCCUUCAAGGAUGAGCAUAUUCUGUUGAUUGCGCCAGGUUCACAGAUGACCCUGGCGCAGCUCGGUCUACCCGAAACGUUCACGCCCGCGCGAUUCCGUUUCCCCACGCGCAUGUUCCCUGCCGAGCAGAAGGGUGAAUACGAGCCAUAUCGGAUCCGUGAGAGGCGCCAGGAGGUCAAGAUCAGCAAUGGCACGGACAGGCUCAAGGAGGACGUGGAGAUGAAAGACGCCGAGCCUACUGCGCAAGAAGGCACGGCCAAUGGCGAGCCGAGCGACAAGCCCGCGACCACUGAAGGGGCAGAGCAGAGUGAAGGUGCCGGCGAGACUGAAAAUAAAGAAGAGCCCAAGACCGUCGAAGAGAUCCUCUAUGAGGAAGACGUGACGUCCGACCAAGGCGCCAUUUAUCCCAUCGAGAACGGGCGCAUCGUCGACUGGCCCUGUUUCUUUGCGCAUUUGACACAUAUUUAUAAUACCCUGAGCCCGCCUUUCCAUACCCCCAUCAUGCUCAUCGCCCAACCUGUCUGGUCCGCCCGGGAUCGCGAGGCCAUCACCCAAUUCGUCUUUGAGAAGUUCAAGGCCCCCGCCUUCAGUCUCAUGGACUCUGCACUCGCCGUUUGCUAUGGCUACGGCACCUCCACUGCAACUAUCAUCGAUGUUGGAAAGGGCAAGGUGGACGUGACUGCCGUAACGGACUUUGCAGUCAACGAACACGGAAGAGGAAUCGCGCUGGAAGGUUGUGGAGGAGAUGCCAUGACUGACCGGCUCGUGGAGCUCCUUGGUUCCAAGGGGUUCACAAGGGAAAUGUGCGAGCAACUCAAACGGAGCAACAUCACCGAGAUUCUCCCUCCGGGAACCCCGAUCCCUGGCGAUGCAGCCACUGCUCGACAGGGCGCCAAUCCAGCUGUAGCUGCAUCGACAGGAGCAGAUGGCACAACUGAUUCCGUUCCUCGGGGCCCCGGGGAGGGCACUCAAACUGGGACCGAAGAUAAUAAUGCGGAGGACGAUGAAGGCGUGUUAGAUGUCGCAGCCAUUGUCAGUGGUAAUACCACCGAAUAUCUUGCCAAUAUGGAGAAAGAGAAGGCCACAAACAAAAAGGGCGCGGUGGAGCCGAAGCAAGCUCGCUUGCCAAAUUCCAAGAAGGAGAAAGCGUCCUUCCAGUUUGAAGAGUUCGUCCCAUUGGAGGGAGAUGAUGCGGUGGUCAAUGGUUCCCGACGCUACAUCCGGCAUUCGAGGGAAGUUGAAGUGAGCGUCGAGCGCUUCCUGACUGCGACACCUCGGCAGCAAUCUGAAGACCGUCUGACGAGCGGCAUCCUGGAGGACAUUGCAACCCAGAUCCACCACACCAUUCUGGCCGUCCCCGACGCCACAAAACGGAGCGAGCUGUGGGACUCCCUGAUUAUUGUCGGAAACGGCAGCAAAGUCAGAGGCUUCACCCAGGCUUUGCUUGGUGUCAUUACCCAAAAGUUCAUGCUCUCUCCGUCUGGGACCAUCUUCACAUCUGAAAUCCCCUCGACCUUCACCACUCCCAUGCCCACCGGUGGAACGAACACACCGGCUCCGAUGGGCCAACCGGGACCCAUGUAUCACCCUGCCGCGCAUGGUGUCAACCCGCUCCUGGUGGCAGCAACCCACAACAAUCCGGGAAUGCCCCAGAUGACCCCGGGCACCCCAUCGAUGGAUCUAUCACAUCACCGCUCGACUGGCCACUCCCAGACGCCAAACUCUGUCAAGACCCUCAAGCCUCCCGAAUAUUUCCCCGACUUUAAGGACCAGGGCAACAGCAACGCUCCUGGCGCUAGCGGCAAUGCGGGCGGCGCAGCUGGUGGACCGGGAGCAUCCCAGGGGGGUCGAGGCAUGGAGGAGGCCGUGUUCCUUGGCGCUCAGAUGGCUGCCAAAGUCUUCUUUGUCCUCGACCAGGGUCUCAGCAAAGGCUACAUGAGUCGUGUGGAGUACAACGAGAAUGGACCAUCGGCAAUCCACGAAUUCGUCCUGUAA